GCAAGGUUUUGAAAGCUGAUUCUCCUUGUUCAAGAUGCAACUUUGAAUCUCCACUGAUGCAUGAAGUCCCAGAGCACCAAGGCAGCAGCCCAGACAGUUCGGCAAGCAGUUUGGGAAGCUCUGUCACAGCAUGUAAGAAGAUUCUCUGCAGUAACAGUCUGCUAGAAUCGACAGACUACUGGCUGCAGAAUCAGAGGACACCAUGCCAAAUUGGCUUUCUGGAAGACAAGUCAGAAAGCAACUGUGCCUCAGUUUGUUUUGUGAAUUUAGAUGCAAGCAGAGAUGAUUGCAGCGAUGAGCGAGUGAAACAGAGGUUGAUCGACGUCUCUCCAAACCUCCCCAAACUCAUCAGUUCGAUGAAUGUACAGCCACCAAAGGAAAAUGAAAUAGUUCUGCUGAGUGGAUUAGCAUCAGGAAACCUUCAGGCUGAUUAUGAAGUUCCCCAGUGUCCUUGGCUGGCAGAUGUCUGCUUGGUUCAGUGUGCGAGGGGAGACAGGAAAAACAGUGCAAGCUGCAUCAUUUUUGAAAUAAACAAGUUUCUGAUUGGGCUUGAACUCGUUCAGGAGAGACAGCUGCAGAUAGAAGCUCAUGUCUUAAAGCCUGAGGAUGACACAAACUGCUCCGUGUCCUCAAUAGAAGAAGAUUUCCUCACAGCAUCUGAGCACCUCGAGGAUGACAACGACGCUGAUGAAUGUAAAACUGGCCAUGAAAAAUUAAGUGCUUCAGAAGCAUCUUCAGAUGUCAAAAAAAAUAGAGGGAAGGGAUUCGAAAAUCUCCAGUACAGAAAAGCCAGGUUGCCUUUCAUCCUUGAAGGGAACUGCAUUAAUAAAGAUAAUGCAGCUACUAGAGUAUCCGAAGCUGUGAACAUUGUGGCUGAAGAUGGAAGCUUACAACCUGAAGAUAAGUCAGAUCAGGAAAUACUGUGGCAGAAGGAAUUAGCAGGAAGAGCUACUUCAUCCUUUAGUACUACUAAAUUGACUGAAGAGGUUGAAAAUUCCUGCUCAGUGCUUGUGUUAGAAGAUGUAUCUUUAACCAAAAUGGCUAAAGAGGAGCUGGGGCCUCUGUAUGACCCAACAGCAAAACACAGCAGUAAGACAGAUGGAGAGGAUUGUGCAGGUAUCAGGAAGACUGAUCCUCCCUCGCAAAAUGAGCAGGCAACUGCAGGUCAGUAUGCCACAAAUUUAGCAGAAUCUGUUCUGCAAGAUGCAUUCAUUAGGCUCUCACAGUCUCAACCCACUUUUAGUGAGGAGGCUGCAGUCAGCAUCUCCACAGAAGGCUCCUGUAAGUCAGAAGAUAUAUCUGCUUCCCGAUCAUGGAGUGAACUUCCAAAGAUUGUCAUAGUGCAAAGUCCAGAUAGUUCUGAGAAUAUAUCUGACUGGCCAGUGUCUGCCUUCCCCAGCCUAUGCCACUGGGCUGAAUCAGAAAGUUCUGCUGAAGUUUCAGAUUACUUAGAGGAGGAACGUUCAAAUGGACACGGUCAGAGCACACUGGAAGCGGCUCUGGCUUGUGCAGCCACUGUUAUUGGAACCAUUUCCAGUCCCCAGGCUGCAGAAAAAUUCAGACAGGAUCAAGAAGCCACAGACUCUAAAGGUGGAGUGCUUGAUAAUGAAGAGCUACACACAGCAUCCUCACAGCUUGAUAACUGUGCUGGCACAGAAUAUUCAUUUCCAUCUGCGCUGUGUGGCAUGACUCAAGUAGCAAGUGCAGUAGCUGUCUGUGGUUUGGGAGAAACAAAGGAAGAUAACUACCCUGCAACUUCGAGUGGACUUCUGUCUGCUGCUCAGACUUCUGCAGCCAUUACUCUUCAUUGUAGCAUAGCUAUAGGAAGCAGCAUGGAAAAACUAAAUGAUAGCAUUGCACAGGCACUUCUCAAAGAGGCAUCAAGAAUUUUGACAAAGCCCAACACAUACAAAAAUGUAGGGCAUUUUAUGGAAUCUAUGAAUGCAAAAAUUAUUCAAACAGCAGCAAAGCCACGGAUUCACCACACUGAUGAAGCAGUCAGGGAUGAACUUGCACAAAACUUAUCCAAUAUUAUUCUACGACAUUCUAUUGAAGAGGUUAGGAAGAAGAGGCAGCUACACCCCCACUCAGAAAACGGCUCAAGUACACAAGACAUUUUCAUGGAUACUGUAAAUGAGUUGCUUUUUAACAUAAUACAUUUCACUUCCAAGAAGAUGAAUGACAUAAGACAAGUCGAAGAGUGUUCUCCUCUCUUUUCCGAGGGCACGAAAACAGAUAAAGUAACAAGAGCAGAAGGAUGGUCAACACAGGCAUGUGACCCUUCACACAGCCCCCUCGAUCACUCUGCCGUUAAGGCAUUUGGUAUGUCCUACACCACUAGUGCAAGCAAAGAUCUUGGAAAUGUCACAAACACUAGGAAAAGUCACAUGAAAGAUGUAAACAGCAAGGAAAGUGUCACACUGCAUUCAGAACCAGCAAGCAGAGCUACAGGGCAUAACACACUUGUUGCGAAAACAUCUCCCAAGAAAAGAUACCUGAAAAGAACCGCACGAGACUGUUACAGAUCCCCAGAUCAAAGUAACAAUCAUCAGAAGAGAAAAGAGAACACCUUUGCAAACAAUGAAUGCAGGCAUGGUGUCCAAGAACAGUUGUCUUCCAGUGCCACCACGAAUGCAGAAAACCAGGCCAUGUGUAACUGUGAUGCUGUGCUGAGUAAUGAUGUUCAGGUUAGCUUGUCUUUAUUAGGUAAUCACGUCUUGCUUCCUUCUCAACCUGUGAUACAGGUAAAACAUUCAAGGGACAAGUAUUGUAUAGCUGAUUUUGCAGAAGAGUUGGCGGAAACAGUUGUAUCUAUGGCAACGGAAAUAGCUGCCAUUUGUCUAGAAAAUUCAAAUGGAAAGCAACCCUGGUUCUGCGCAUGGAAGAGAGGCAAUGAAUAUCUGGUGACCCAGAGUUUAUCAUGCAGAACCAUGAAAAGGAAAAAGGAAACCCAUGCUAAUGGUUCAGUUGUUCGGAAGCACAGGGCACCUAGACUUAGUGAGAUCAAAAGAAAAACAGAUGAGCAUCCUGAGCUCAAGGAAAAAUUGAUGAAUCGAGUAGUAGAUGAAUCUAUAAACCUUGAGGACACACCAGAUUCAGUCAACAUAUUUGCAAAUGAAGUGGCUGCCAAGAUCAUGAACCUCACCGAACUCUCCGUGGUUGAUAGCAUCUGGCAAGGUCCAAACCACCCCAGGAACAGGCUGCACUGUGAAAGAUGGAGCCGAGCCAAGGCCUCAAGUUGUGAGAGCAUACCAGAGGAGGAUUUAGAUUCCAAAGCUUCUUUCAGUACCCUGGGCCUAAUAAAUGCCUUUGGUCAGCCUUUGAGCCAGACAAGUUCUGUCUCAAAGCAGUCUAGUUGUGAAAGCAUUACAGAUGAAUUUUCAAGGUUUAUGGUGAACCAGAUGGAAAAUGAAGGAAGAGGUUUUGAUUUAUUACUGGAUUACUAUGCAGGAAAAAAUGCAAACAACAUCUUAACUUCUGCUUUGCAACAGGUAGCCAAGAAAAAUGGUCAUCUUAAUGUAAGACCAAGUUGCCCAUCCAAACAGUCCAGCACAGAAAGCAUAACAGAAGAAUUUUAUAGGUAUAUGCUAAGAGAAAUAGAAAAGGAAAACAAAGACAAUGUAUCUUCCCCUCUGAAUUCAAAGGACUGGUGCAGCAAUUUGCUACCACCCUCUCUACGAUCUCCCUUUUGCUUUAGGCAAUCGUCAGUGCCUGACAGCAGAUCUGGCUCUAGGCUGACAGUCAAUGUCCCGGUUAAGGCAAAUUCCUUAGAUGGAUUUGCCCGCCAUCACCAAGAUUCCUUAAGCGUACAGCCAGUCAGUACUGUGGCUUCUUCAGGUCUUUGCAAGUCUGACUCCUGCCUGUACCAAAGAUGCAAGACUGACCAGAUCACAGACACGCUGAUUCACGAGACGUGGGCAAGUUCUAUUGAAUCUCUAAUGCGCAAGAACAAAAUCAUAGUGGAUGAGGCAGAAACUGCAGAGGGAGACCAGUUUCACAGUGAUUCCCCACCAUAUGUGGAACAAUAUGCAAACAGACUGGCUGCAAAUAUUGUUGAAAAUGGUAAAAACUUAAUUGUCGUCCAGCAAGAUUCCUUUGAUUAUACAAGCCAAGAACAUGUGCUGGAAAGCAAACAUCCCCAAAACGCAACUCAGAUUCAAUCAAAACCCAAAAGGAAUGGAAUAAAUUUGGAUGAGAAAAAAGAGCAUAUGAAAAGUCCUGGAUGCCUCCCUGCAGGUCAGCACAGGGAAGUGCCUUUAAUUCAAAUAGAAACUGAUCAAAGAGAUGAGCCAGAGAAAAACUCAGAGUCCUUAACUUCACAUAUUCCUUCUGGAAAGGAGCAUCAAAGCAAGGAGAGGCCUCCAGAAAAUUUUGAUGGGAAGCACACGGUUUCCAGUUCCAUAAUAAAUAGCAACAGUCCUCAGAGCAGAUCGGAUGCUGAAAUCAUAGGAGAGACAAAAACAGCUGAAGAAUUUCCAAACCAUCUCAGCAGCAGUGAAGAAAGCACUGGCAGCUGGUCCCAGCUAGCUAAUGAUGAGGACAAUCCUGAUGACACAAGUAGCUACUUGCAACUCAGCGAGCGAUCCCUGAGCAAUGGCAACAGUAGUACAACUAGCAGUCUUGGCAUUAUGGAUCUGGAAAUUUAUCAGGAGAACGUGCCAUCUUCUCCUAUGAUUAAUGAAUUAGUAGAAGAAAAGGUUUUCCUUAAAGAACAGACAGAAAAUACAGAGGAAAGUACUUCUGGGCUUUCAGUGGGAACAGCUAAUUGUCAAAAAGACCUACUGGUGAUAAACUUUGAUCUGGAACCGGAGUGCCCCGAUGCAGAGCUGCGAGCCACCCUGCAGUGGAUAGCUGCUUCUGAACUCGGAAUUCCAACCAUCUAUUUUAAGAAAUCUCAGGAAAACAGAAUUGAAAAGUUUUUAGAUGUUGUGCAAUUAGUUCAACGGAAAUCCUGGAAAGUUGGGGAUAUCUUUCAUGCCGUGGUGCAGUACUGCAAGCUCAGUGAGGAAAGCAGAGAGAUGACACCGAGCCUGUUCGAUUGGCUUCUUGAAUUGGGUUAAGAAAGUCCACCCUUCAGCAUUUUUGGUUUCUUCCAGUUUAAAUAAGCAGUGGUUCGUGUAAUGCUCCAAUUUCUAAAUAUCACCAAAUGAGCACAUGUCUGUUCCACAACUGAACAAGGAGCAAAACGAAACCAAGGUGUAUUGUAUCUUUCUGUAUCAUGAGAGACUCUUGAUAUACUGUGCUAUAGAUGUACUGUACUAAGAGGGAAUGGAUUUGUAGCCUUCUGAAUGAAUGGGCUACACAGUAAAGGCUCAAUGAUGUAUAUGUUCCAUUUUCAUCAAUUUGAUUAUAUCAAUCAGUUAAAAUGGGAUAGUACAAUCACAUUCUGUUUUGGACCACCAAUAUUUGUACAGUUCAACUAUUAGAACCAGAGUUUGUUCCAGGAUGCCUAGACAGCCCUUUGUCCCUAGAUCAAACUUUUAAUUUUUUUUAAAUUCUCAUUAUCUGUUAAGGGGUAAAACCUUUUGAACAUUAAAUGCCUUUGCAGUUAGACAACACAAUGGAAAGCUGAUAAAAACACAUUUUACUUACUUUCCAUGUGAUUAUUUCUCUUUCAUAGUUGUUCCCAAUUCCUGUCUUCUUUUCAAGGAAAUAAAAUCAAGACUUGCAGUUACUACCCUUAAAAAACUCAUUCUCUUUCAAUUGGAGUCAGUGAAGUUCAUUGUUACUGCACAGAGUAUACCCCUGAACAAAGCUCUGGCAGUCAGGGCAGCAGGUCUCUGAGCCCUGUCCCCCAGACCUGCCACGUGACCUUGGGCGAGUUAUUUCACCUCUGUGCCUCAGUGUCCCUACCUGGUAAAAGGGAGUAAUGAUAGUACAAUCUGCUACAGAUCAGUUAAAGCAGUGAAAAAAACACUAUUUAAAUCAAAUAGGUUGUUAAUAAGGUGAAGAAAUGCAUAUCUGAGAAGAGUACCAUCACAUCAUAAAAGUCCUGAUGUUGAUUUUUGUAAUGUACAAGAAAGCAAAAUGAUUGUUAACAUUUCAGUAGACAUGCUUGUUCAUUCUGGAUCUAAGUGUUGGACUAUAUGUGGUAGUUCACAUUACUAUAACGUUUAUAACAUUGCUUGAUAAGAUAUACUAUGGUAUUGUCUUGUUGAGAUGAUCUGUUACUAUCAUGCACUUAAUGAUAUAUUCUCUUGACUCUGCCAAAGAGAUUGGUUUUGAAUAUAAAGGUGAAUAUACCUUAUCACAUCACAGCUCUUCUGUGAAGUAUUUCUUUGAAAAUAUUUGUCUUUCAUCUCUCCAUACCCAAACAGCAUAACAGAAAUUCUGCCUGCUUUUCACAAUAAAAUAUUUAAGAGAUGUUUUAUUUUCCAUAUAACAGUAUAUGCUUCUGUAAUAUUUCUUGGGGAGGGGGAAAAAAAGACCUAUCCUUUUGCACUAAAUAUUUUUGAAAAUUUUGA